UCAUCCCUCCCGAGGAUGAGGCGGCCGACGCGGCGGCUGGCGCUGUCUGUGCUGGGGGUGCUCUGGCUCGCCGCCCUCCUCCUCUUCUUCUUCGGGGCCAGGAGGAAGUUGGAGGCGGCGGGAACCGAGGGACGCCCGUCGGAGGGCUCAGACGUGGACUGGGACGACCUUUGGGAUCAGUUUGAAGAGCGGAGGUACCUGAGUGCCCGGAGGUGGAAGGGCGGCGAGGACCCGUACCGGCUCCAUGCCUUUAACCAACGGGAGAGCGAGAGGAUCCCCAGUGACCGCGCCGUCCGCGACACCCGCCAUCACAGGUGUACAACUUUGCGCUAUCGCCAGGACCUGCCGCCCACCAGCGUCAUCAUCACCUUCCACAAUGAGGCCAGGUCGACCCUGCUAAGGACAAUUCGGAGCGUGCUGAACCGCACCCCGGUGCACCUCGUCCAUGAAAUCAUACUGGUGGAUGACUUCAGUGAUGACCCCGAUGACUGCCGCUUGUUGGGCAAACUCCCCAAGGUGAAGUGCUUGAGGAACGGACGUCGAGAAGGUCUGAUCCGAUCCCGAAUCCGAGGGGCAGAUGUGGCACAAGCAGGAGUCCUGACCUUCCUCGACAGUCACUGUGAGGUGAAUAAGGACUGGCUGCUCCCUCUGCUGCAGAGGAUCAAAGAGGAUCCCACCCGAGUGGUCAGCCCUAUUAUCGACAUCAUCAACUUGGACACUUUUGCCUACGUGGCGGCUUCCUCGGACCUCAGAGGAGGGUUUGACUGGAGCCUGCACUUUAAAUGGGAGCAGCUUUCCCCAGAGCAGAAGGCCAAACGCCUGGAUCCCACCGAACCCAUUAAGACCCCCAUCAUUGCCGGGGGGCUGUUUGUGAUCGACAAGGCCUGGUUCAUUCACCUGGGAAAGUACGACAGUGCCAUGGACAUCUGGGGCGGGGAGAACUUUGAGAUGUCUUUCCGUGUGUGGAUGUGUGGAGGGAGCCUGGAAAUCAUCCCCUGCAGCCGUGUUGGACAUGUCUUCCGGAAGAAACACCCCUACGUCUUUCCGGAGGGGAACGCCAACACAUACAUUAAGAACACCAAGCGCACGGCUGAGGUGUGGAUGGACGAAUUCAAGCAGUACUACUAUGCAGCUCGUCCCGCAGCCCAGGGGAGGCCUUAUGGAAAUGUCCAGAGCAGAGUGGAGCUGCGGAAGAGGCUGAAAUGCCACAGCUUCAAGUGGUACCUGGAAAACGUCUAUCCCGAGCUUCGGAUUCCCGAGGAAUCGCUCUAUCAGACCGGGAUGAUCAGGCAAAGGCAGAGCUGCCUGGAAUCACACAAGUCUGAAGCCCAAGAGCUGCCCGUCCUGACCUUAAAUCCUUGCAUCAGCAGCAAAGGCACGGCAGCAACAGCACAGGAGUGGACGUACACAUACAACCACCAAGUCCGCCAGCAACAGCUGUGCUUAUCCGUGUACACCCUAUUUCCCGGUUCCCAGGUGCUGCUGUCACCUUGCAAAGAAGGUGACAACAAGCAGCGAUGGGGUAAAGUUGGGUCACACAUUGAACAUAUAGCUUCACGCUUUUGUUUGGACACUGAGACAAUUGGGGACACGAAUGAGAGCACCAAAGAGCUUGUCAUCAACCCUUGCGAGAGCAUAGCCAUGAGUCAGCGCUGGGACAUGGUGAUGUCUUGACCUGCUGGAGGACUUCCACAGCGGGGAUGGGCACCGAGACGUUGCUACACGCGGCCAAGAUGCACCACAUGGAGCUCAAAUGCAAAACCAUUGGGGGCCCUUGUGGAUUAUGGGACAGGAGAAGAAUCGUUCAGAUAAAAAGAAGGACAUGGUGCUCCAGGUUGAACAAUGGAUGCUGUCUGCAAGGCAUGUCUGUUGGCGGUCAUACGUUCAAAGAGAAGGGAUGGCAAAAAAACAAACUUGAAAUGUUUGGGCCCUACAAUGGGCCCUACAGAAGUCCAGUGUGCACAGUAUUUAUUAAUCUCUCUGGAAAUACAGGUAGAAGAGCCUUGGAGACCAAAAGGAGACUUGGACUCAGCAAAACAAGCAUCUCAAUAACUUUUUGGGGGGUGAGACUUGUGCGCAAGGAGAGAUGUACAUCGAGGGAUGCUAAGAAACAUCACCUGGGAUCGAGUGGAAAACACUGAAUUAUCUCUGCACUUUUAAUUGCUGCAGAUUAGUUUGUCUUCAUGCGGAGAGCAUGGGUGGAGCCAUGGUGUACGUUCAAACGUGUAUCUGAUUCACGUAUGUGUUGUGUAUACAGAGGCAGGGCAGGAGUUUAUGGCUGUGGCCAGCAUCAAACCAGCAAGCAAUGGCAGAGUCCUGCUCCGUGCUAACUGUACGUGGGGGUUGUUGAAUCUCCAAAGCCCAGGCAAACAAAGGAUUCAGUGUGUGAGAUUAAGGGAUUUAAACUCUUGGGAAGCUGGGAGGAAAGGCAGUGAUGUGAUUAUUUCUGCUCUCUGAAGGCUAUGGGUGAGCCUUGGCCACGGGAAACUCCCCUAUAAUCUCACUCUGUGUCUCUCACUGCUUCAGAUCUGGAAUAAGUCAAAUUUUCACUUUUCUUCCAUAAAAUUAAUAUUUUUGGUAA